AUGGCACCUAAACCGCCCUCGUCCUCAAGAUCAUGGGAUGGUCUCAACCCAAAGCUAUCAGAAUGGGCAUUGGAAGCCGUGUCCUCCAUGGGCUUUACUCGAAUGACCCCGGUCCAAGCCUCCGCAAUCCCUCUGUUUAUGGCGCAUAAGGAUGUGGUCGUGGAAGCAGUUACAGGCAGUGGAAAGACACUGUCAUUCUUGAUUCCCGUCAUGGAGAAACUCCUGCGCAUUGAUCAACCCCUCAAGAAGCAUCAUGUUGGUGCUAUCAUCAUCUCCCCAACAAGAGAAUUGGCCACGCAAAUUUACCAAGUCCUCCUUUCGCUACUGGAAUUUCACCCGCCAUCCGCUGCAGCGAUCCACCCCCCGGAAGGUGACGCCCCACGCCCCAAGAUCUCUGCCUCUACCUUGAAAGUCGUUCCACAACUUCUUUUGGGCGGUACAACCUCGCCCGCUGAAGACCUCAGUGCUUUCCUCAAACGGUCACCAAAUGUCUUAAUCGCUACCCCAGGAAGACUGCUGGAGCUUCUUUCUUCUUCCCCGCAUGUGCACUGUCCACAGUCCUCGUUCGAAAUGCUCGUGCUCGAUGAAGCCGAUAGGCUUUUGGAUCUUGGAUUCAAAGAUGAUCUUCAACGGAUUUUGCGUUACCUCCCUAAACAACGGAGAACUGGAUUGUUCAGUGCCAGUAUUAGUGAAGCCGUGGAUCAGAUUGUCCGCGUCGGACUUCGGAAUCCUGUCAAGAUUGCUGUCAAGGUCAAAGGAGGCGGCGGAGCUGAGGAUAAGCGUACUCCUGCCAGUCUGCAGAUGACCUAUCUCACAACCCCCCCAGCUCAUAAAUUUUCCGUGCUCAAGCAUAUUUUGACAACCGUUCAACCAACACCCCAAAAGACUAUCUUCUUUGUAUCAACAUGCUCUAGUGUGGACUACCUGGCUGCUAUUUUACCUAUCAUACUGGGAGACGACUUCCUCCUGGUCCCACUCCAUGGCAAACACGCUGCUAAUGUCCGUCAAAAGAACUUCACUCGCUUCACCACCACCACAACUCCCUCGAUUCUCCUCACUACCGAUGUCGCUGCCCGUGGUCUUGAUAUUCCAUCUGUGGACUUAGUUGUUCAGAUUGACCCCCCCUCAGACCCCAAAACUUUCAUCCACCGAUGUGGUCGAGCAGGUCGUGCUGGACGGAGAGGUCUUAGUAUCGUCCUCCUGCACCCCGGGCGGGAGGAAGAUUAUGUCUCAUUCUUGGAAGUACGGAAGACACCAGUCGCUCCAUAUAACCUUACAACCCCUAGCUCCGAUGUGGAUGCCGCAGUGGCCACACAGUCUGUUCGGGCGGUGCUCCUCAAGGACCGCGCUCUCCACGACAAGGCCCAAAAGGCUUUCGUCAGCUGGCUCCGCAGUUACAGCAAGCACCAAGCCAGCAGUAUCUUCCGCGUGACAGAUCUCGACUGGGAAUCUUUGGGCAAGGCGUGGGGACUUCUUCGUUUACCCAAAAUGCCAGAGGCUCGCAGCUUCACUGGAGAUCGGACAUUGGGUGUCAGUGUUGACUGGGACAACUAUGCCUACAAAGAUAAGCAACACGAGAAGCAGCGCAAGCAGGCCGCGCUGGAGCCCAGGGAAGAAAAGAAGGGCCACCAUGACUCAAAGAAACGGCCUGCAACCGAGAGUGCGGCCUGGAGUCAAAACCAAGAACUCAAAGAGAAGAAGCUCAAGCGGAGAGAGCUCAAGCAGACCCGCAAGGAGAAUGAAAGAUGGGAAUUAUUGCCCGAGGAAGAGAAGCAAAAGUCCCGCGAGACAAAACAAAUGGUGGAGGCAAUUCGGAUGGAGAAUGAACAUAAGCGACUAUUGCAGAUCGCCGCGAAGAAAGCAGAAGCUGCAGGAAAAGUGGUUGAUGGUGAUUUCGAAGGCUUCGAUUAG